AAAAAUCUUUAGUAAACCUUUAAUUUAAUUAAGAAAUAAAAAAGGUAUGGAUAAAACUGAAACGGUUCAACCAACUGGUAAUGCACGACGCAAAAUCCUAAGUGUAGCAGUUUCACAAAUUCUAAUGGAAAAGGGUUUCGAUAGCGUGGACAAAGAAUGCUUAGAGACGCUGACAGAAAUGCUUCAGAGUAUGCUAGUUGAAGUUGGCCAAUCCGCCAGAAGCUAUUGUGAACUGUCCGGACGUACCAUACCCGUAAUCGGAGACGUUGUCGUUUCUUUGGUAAAUAUGGGAAUAUCGCUGCAAGGCAUUGAGGCCUUUGCCAAAAGAGAAGCCAGACAGAUAAUAACAAUGCCGGCACAACAACAACAGCAAAAACAAUUAAACCUUUUGCAAGCAGGCACAAAAUCGCAACACCCAGCACACAUUUUACCUUAUUUACCUCUGUUUCCGGAUCCACAUGCAUAUGUCCGGACACCGACACAUAAACAACCCGUAACAGAGUAUGAAGCUAUACGGGAAAAGGCAGCCACCCAGAAAAGGGAUAUAGAAAAAGCAUUGACAAAGUUUUUGGCAAAAACAACAGAAACUCAUAGUCUUUUCGAUACGGAAGAUAAUAUGUUUCCAUUAAUAGCCUGUAAACCUGCAUUUCCUCCAUACUUAGCUGCUUUAAAUCCCACCGAUCAAGUGUUUGAUUUUGAAGAACUGGAGUAUCAUUAUUUAGUGGCAAAUCGCACUGAGGAUUGUAAAGAUGACGAGGAAAAUGAAAGUAGCAACGAAGAAGAAAGUCCUGGCAAUGAAGGCGUUGGUGGUAAUAGCGGCAGUGGUGGCGCAGGUAUUGAAGAAUCCGAAAAGAAAUCAGAAAAGUCAGAGAAAGAUUCAAAACUGGAAAAUGACAUUAAACCAAAUUCAAGCACAAAUAAGGCCAUUCUAGAAAAUCCAAAUAUUGAUAAUCCCUAUUUAAGAGCUGCCACUUUACCCAAACGUGCAAAACCAGAUCCAGUUUUGUUAGGAGCUGCUCCUAUAGCCGCAAGCAAUACUAAUAACAGUUAAGAGGUGAAAUUUAACUAUAUACAAUAUUUUAUAUGUAUGUUUAUAAACUUACCUUAGGAAAGAAUACAAGAUUUGUCCUAACUAAAAUAUAAUUAACUAAAGCCUAUUUAAAAUGAA